GUAUCAUUCAACGAGUGCAGCCUCCAAUCAUGAGAAGUAGUCUUCUGGUAGUGUUCGGCAUUGUUGCCUUGGCAGCAUUCGCCUCCGCCAAGGAUCUGAGAGAGAAGGGCGAUGCCGACCUAGAGCCGGCAGCGUCACACCACGGAGGACACCAUUGGGACAAGGGUGGUGGCCAUGAGCACCAUGGACAUCACCAUCAUGACCACGGCCACCACGACCAUAAGGGACACAAGGGCCACCACGAGCAUCAUCAUGGCCACAAAGGACAUCAUCACCACGAGGGCCACAAAGGUCACCAUGGCGAGCAUGGUGGACACAAGAAGCACCACCACCACGACGAAGGCUACCAUGGCCAUCAUGAGCACGGAGAGAAGGGCGAACAUGGACACGGUCACCAUGAGCACGGCCACCACCACAAGGGACACGACACGAAGGGACACCACGAGGUCGACAAACACGACGAAUUCAAGAAGCAUAAGCACUUCCAUGACCAUCAUGGUGAGAAGGGCCAUAAAGAGCACCACGGAGGCCACCACCACGAAGGCCACUACAAGAAGGGCGGUCACCACCAUCACGGACACAAGCACGGCGGCCACCAUGAACACCAUCACGGCAAGGGACACCAUCAUCAUCACGGAGGUCAUCAUCACCACCACAAGGGCCACCACGGUGAAGACGGUCAUCACGAACAUCAUCAUCAUCAUCAUGAUCAUGGCAAGAAGGGAGGUCAUGAGCACCACAAGCACUGGGACCACAAGAAAGGUCACUAAACGCCUAAAUUCUCUGUUAUUCCUUGAUCUGUUAUCGUGUUUUGUUAUUUGUUAUAUUAUUAACCGUUUUGUGAAGAGAUUAUGUGUGGCUACAAAGUUUUGAUCAUAUUUCAAUAGGUACUGAAUGAGCACUUGAAUUUUUCUCAUGAGCUAUACUAUGUCUUCGUGUUUUCCCUUUAGUUAAAAAAGGAAAGACUGAAAGUUUUGUUAUAAUGUUAUAGAAAGGGAUUCCAAAAUCAGGCAAGUGGUUUGAUUUUCAAACUAGUUGUAUUGUGUCUUGUUCUGGUUUUGCUGUUCUUUUUUAUAUGAAAUAGGUACAACUGUUCUUUUUAUAUAUAGGAUUUAAUUGUUUGUUGCUUUUCUUUCAUAGUUUUUGUUAUCAAAAUAUAAAAAAUAUAAAUAAAUAUUAUGUUUCAAUUUAUCUUCAACCUUCACAUAGAUAGGAAGUACUUUUUAUACAUGAUUUUGUCUAUCAUUACUACUUUUGGUAGAAAAGUAAUGUAGAGUUAUACAAAAGCAUAAAAGUCUUUCACAAAAAUAACAAUAUUCACACUACAAAAAAUUAAAAAUCAUUGGCUAUUUCUCUUCACUUUUAAAAUUUUAAGGCGAUUUCUAAAAUAAAUGUUGGUGUUCUUAUUUUCACAAAAUUUUUAGCUUACAACAAAGGUAACAAUUUUGUAGUAUCUGUACAGUUAUUAAAAAUAAACAAAAAGAUUUUACUACUUAACAAACAAAUCAAGCAGUUUAAUA